GCCACACUCAACAUGGCGGCGGCGGGGCGCUGCCGUGGCGCCUGAGGGAGUUACGAACGUAGCGUUCCACUCCAGUCAUGGCGGCCUCGGGACAGGCCGUUGGCAACGCGGCUCAGGAGAUAUGCGGUUUGGAUCGGAUUUUGGAAGCAUUGAAGCUGCUGCUGAGUCCGGGAGGAUCAGGUUCAAGUUCACUACAGGUCACAAAACAUGAUGUCUUGUUGGCUACUUUAAAAUCUAACCUGUCUGCUUUGGAGGACAAGUUUCUGAAGGAUCCUCAGUGGAAGAAACUGAAACUCCUAAGAGAUCAAAUUGCUGAUAAGGCAGAAUGGCCACAAAACUCUAUAGAUGUCACUUGGAGCUUUACCUCUCAAACCUUGUUGUUGCUUUUGUGCUUAAAGGAAACCAUGAUCCGCCUUGCAGCUAAUUUCAAUCCAGGUAAACCCAACCCCAGGACUCCAGAAGUUGCUCCUGCCCUGAGCCCUGAUGCACUUAGUAUCUCACAGCAGAAGACUGUCCAGUUCAUUUUGCAGUUUGUAGUGACCUUGGGCAUCUGCCCCUAUCUCAUGCCUGGUGUUGGAGUCCCUUUGAGAUACAGAACUGAGUUUGGUGCCGUCGUUCAAGACGUGGUAUGUCUCGAUGCUGCCCCUGAUGCAACUCGGAGACUGUACACUAGCUGCAGGGCCCUUCUGAAUGUUGCUGAACACACAUCACUGGGGAGCUUGAUAUUCUGCCACCAUUUUGGGGAUAUUGCAGCAGGUCUGUGCCAACUGGGAUUCUGCCCAACCAAAAGCAAACUACUAACACCUGCAGAAGAGGUUCUAACUGAAGAGGAGAGAACCCUAUCCAGGGGGGCCUUGAGAGACAUGUUGGAUCAAGUCUAUCAGCCCUUAGCAGUCAGGGAACUACUUAUCCUCCAAGGAGGACCACCCCAGUCCUGUACAGAUGUGAAGACACAACUGAGGUGUCGGGCCCCAGCUUGGCUUCGGCGUCUAUGUGGACAGCUGCUCUCUGAAAGGUUAAUGAGACCUAAUGGUGUUCAGGCAGUAGUCCGGGGCAUUUUGGAAGGAGCAGGUGCUCCAAACAUCGACCAAAAGGGGACCCAGUCCCGUUUAUUCUGCACCAAGAACCGCCGUGCUGGGACACUGGCAGCCGCGGCGGCCACAAGAGUCGCGUUGGUGACCCGUGGGGCUCCUCCGCUGGGAAUCUCCUGGUCCGUUUUGGAUUUAUUUCACUUUCAAGAUAAAUUGACAGCACGACAAUUUCAGAGAGUUGCCACCACUACCUUUAUAACUUUGUCAAGAGAACGCCCACAAUUGGCAGCAAAGUAUUUGCUCCAGCCAGUGUUAGCUCCUCUUCAUCGAUGUUUGAACACAGCAGAGAUUCCAGAGAGUUACAGGGUACCAGGAACUAUUUUGGUGACAGAAGAAGAACUUUGUAGAUGCAUUGAGGAUGUGUUUAAGGUGUAUGUCAUUGGGAAUGAACCUUUAACAGUUUUGAUGGAUUCUCUGCUUCCAGUCCUAGGAGUGCUUUUUCUUCUCUACUGUUUUACUAAGCAGAGUGUAUCUCACAUAAGGUCACUUUGCCAAGAGAUCUUAUUAUGGAUUCUGGGGAAGCUGGAAAGGAAGAAGGCAAUUGCCAGCCUGAAAGGAUUUGCAGGGUUGGACAAAGCUGUGCCCUCUCUCCAUUCUCUGUGUCAGUUUAGAGUUGCCACUCAAGGUGGCAUUAUGAUUACCAUCAAAGAGGCCAUUAGUGACGAAGAUGAAGAUGAAGCCCUGUACCAGAAGGUAUCCUCAGAGCAGGACCGGGUGGAGCAUCUUGGGGACUUGCUGUCCCUCUGCCAAGAAUGCGGUUUGGCAGGAGACUUCUUCAUCUUCUGUUUGAAAGAGUUGACUCAUGUGGCCACGGAAAAUGAAGCAGAAUUAAAAACUAAGCCCUUCUCCAGCAAGAGCCUCUUGGAAUUAGAGCAACAUCAGACUCUUCUUGUGGAAGGCCAAGAGCAGAAGCUGCUUGUCCUGCAGCUGAUGGUGGUUCUGUGCGAGAGAAUGUCUGAGCAGAUAUUCACAAACAUCACUCAGGUGGUGGACUUUGUAGCAGCAACAUUGCAGAGAGCCUGUGCAAGCUUGGCCCAUCAGGCAGAAAGCACCGUAGAAUCACAGACACUGAGCAUGUCCAUGGGGCUGGUGGCUGUCAUUCUGGGAGGAGCUGUUCAGUUGAAGUCAAGUGAUUUUGCUGUUCUGAAGCAGUUGCUGCCUCUGUUGGAGAAGGUAUCCAACACAUACCCUGAUCCUGUCAUCCAAGAACUUGCUGUUGAUCUCCGCAUCACCAUCUCUACCCAUGGAGCCUUUGCCACUGAGGCCGUCAGCAUGGCUGCCCAAAGUACAUUGAACAAAAAAGAUUCAGAAGGAAAAAUAGAAGAGCCACAACAAAGCAGUCAUGAAAGACACACUGAUGUAGCUCAUAGCCACCUUGAACAACAGCAGAGCCAUGGAACAGCCCCCCAGCCAGGCCUGCAGUCAGAUGCUCCAGUCACUCCUCAAGGAGUCAAUGAGCCCAGCACUACUACAAACCAGAAAUCUGGAAGCAUAACCACAGAACAGCUCCAAGAGGUUCUUUUAUCAGCUUAUGAUCCCCAAAUUCCAACACGGGCUGCUGCCCUGCGUACUCUUUCUUGCUGGAUAGAGCAGAGAGAAGCAAAAGCCCUUGAGAUGCAAGAGAAGCUUCUCAAGAUAUUCUUGGAAAACUUGGAACAUGAAGACACUUUUGUAUAUCUCUCUGCAAUUCAGGGGGUUGCCCUGCUCUCAGAUGUCUAUCCUGAGAAAAUCUUGCCGGACCUGUUGGCUCAAUAUGACAGCAGCAAAGAUGAGCACACACCAGAGACCAGAAUGAAGGUCGGGGAAGUCCUAAUGCGAAUCGUCAGGGCGUUAGGAGACAUGGUCUCAAAGUAUCGAGAACCUUUGAUCCACACCUUCCUGAGGGGAGUGAGAGACCCUGAUGGUGCUCACAGGGCUAGCAGCUUGGCCAACCUUGGUGAGCUGUGCCAGAGACUGGACUUUCUACUGGGCUCCGUGGUCCAUGAGGUAACAGCUUGCCUGAUUGCUGUGGCUAAAACAGACAGCGAAGUUCAAGUACGCAGAGCUGCCAUACAUGUGAUUGUGCUGCUGCUUCGGGGACUCAGCCAGAAAGCUACUGAGGUGCUGAGCGACGUCCUCAAGGACCUCUACCACCUGCUGAAGCACGUGGUGCGUCUGGAGCCCGAUGACGUGGCCAAGCUCCAUGCCCAGUUGGCCCUAGAAGAGCUGGAUGACAUCAUGAAAAACUUCCUGUUCCCUCCACGGAAGCUGGAAAAGAAGAUCGUGGUCCUGCCGUAGACCUGGCUCGAAGGACAUGGAGGAGGCAGGCAGGGCCAGGCAGCCAGAGUGCUGGGCCUUCCAGCAGGUGGCCCUGCUGCCUCUUGAGUGCUGGCAGCAUGGCUGACCCUAGGAGUGGCUUUAUGGUGCUGGUCACUUGGGUCUUCAGGGUCCCUUCCUAAGGCAUCUGUUUAGCCCUUCUGUAUCCAGCCUGAAGGGUGUGCAGUUAAGAGAAAAAAAUGACAAAUCUCAUUACUCUGCACAUUUUUCACUGUCCUGUAGCAUUAAGAGAAGGAUGUCUACUUGGUGGAAGUAUAUUUUAACAUGACUGAUGGAAUUUGACUAAUUGCCCACUCUCUUGUAACUUGGGGAGAAGAGGUUGGCCACCCAUAUAUCACCUAGCUCCGUAUUCUUUCAGGCUGAGAUUCUUCUUCCUCAGGAAAAUGAGAAGCAGAGCUGGACACCUUUGGCUGCUCAAGAGGCAUUUCAGAGUAGGAGAUGCAGUUGGAGGUGGGGAGGGGAAGGAAAUAGUUAUUACAUAAUGCAAAAUGGAAUAAAAUUAUUUUGGAUGGA